AUGCCCAUCUCCAUGCUUCUUCACAGGGUUAAUACCCAGAAAACACCAAUUGCAAAGAGUUUGACUACACUCACAAACACCCUAUGCACUAUAUCAGAACAAAGAUGCUACGACCAUGACGCACAGAGAAGAGCACUAGCAGGUAUUGACAUGUGUCGCAAAUUUCGCUUCGCCGAACUGGCCCUCCGGGAACGUGCGACCAAAAGAAGGGAAUCGAAUUGUCUUACUGGAUCACAAACGGGUAUGGUGUCUCGGUUGCCUACGGAGAUCUAUACCAUGAUAAUCAACUGCCUCGUCAACGAUAGGGAUGGGAAGUCCCCGGGGGAGAUGGAAGUACGGGCCCAUACUUUAACAUCUCUGGCAUCUACCUGUAGAACCAUCCAGAUACUUUGCGAGAGGUACCUGUAUACGAACCUGAGAUCCCAACGACUAUCGACAGAUAUCGGAUCACAAUGGCUUCUUUACUUCGCUCUGAGUGUGGAGCCUCGCAGAGCCCAUACCAUCCGGUCACUGAGAUGCGAAUCCUGGUCACCUUAUUUCCAGUACGAAGCAUGGCUAGAGAUCCUUAGGCUCUGUACCAACCUCACUCACCUUGAACUGGUUUGGCAGUACUCGACUCCCAAAAAUUUUUCAGAACGAUUGGGAAACUUAGUUGCUGCUUGUCCCAAUGUUACUGAGUUCACAUAUGGUGGACUCUGGUAUAUCAAUGAUGGGUUUUGGCCCGGGACUCUUGAGCAAGUGGCAAGGUUUUCGCAGCAAUACGCAAAAUUUGCGAAACAGCUUUGCCACUUGGAAAUCUGUGGUUCAAUCGACUGCAUCCGGAAAAUUCUUAUGUAUGAUUACCCAAAUCUGAGGUCUUUCACUAUUAACGUGGAUAACUAUCCAAGGGAGUGCAACUUUUUUGAGGUGCUAUCUUCUCACAUUCCCAGUUUAGAAAGACUGGAAUUAUACUGGUUCGAAGAAGCCAACUUGCGAGACCUGAAUAUGGGAUUCAAAGUAUGGGGGAAAACAUUACGGUCUCUUGCUAUAAAUCCUCCCAUAACCAGGUAUACCGACGGACUUCUUGCACAUCUACUGCCCCAUCUUACAAAAUUGGAGAAUCUUUAUUUGGGUUCGCAACCUGGUUUCCAGCUUUCAGAUCUCCAUGCCAUAGCUCAGCCGGGCGCUCCACGCCUAAAAUCAUUCCAAUGGCGAGUUAAUGAUACGAUAUUCUGGGAUUUCUUUGCGAAUUCAGAAACCGUCAAUCAGGCAAUCAUCGACAUCUUUCUUGCGCAUUCCGAGACCCUCAAUAGCUUCAUCAUAGAUGAAGAACUCGGCUUUUGGGACUUUGGCACGGAUCUUUUCGAGCACCUCCACAAGGCAAAGAAUUUGGAGAACCUUCGGGUACCAUUGCAUUACACACCUACCGAAGAUGAGAUUGAAGGUCUUCUGACCGCUUGUCCGAAGUUUCGACAGUCAGAAACAGGAUUAAUCGUGGUUAGGGAGUUCUUGACUGCGUGCACCUUGACGACUAUGGAGUACAAGGAGGACGAUUUAGAGGCGGUUGAGAGUAGCUGGAACAGUGAGAAGAUCAUAUUCCAGUAUACAUGUGCAAACCUUUGUCUUAUAUUACAAGUUUAUUCUUACAAGUAUCUAACUACAUGUUCAUACUAUAUAUGA